AUGACAGAGACCGCACCACUUUCAAAUCUAGAGAACACGGGACCGGAGAUUCACAAAGAUUUUCACCCCCAUGUUCAUGUUUUUGAGAAAGUUCCAGAACCUUCACCAGUAGUAUCCACACCAGUAAAUUCAGAAGAUAAAAGUCCACCUUCGCACGAACUCUCCGAUCAGCCUAAUGCUGAACAAGAAGCGAAAGACAGCAGUUCACCCCCCACUAACCCCUCACACUCUCCUAACUCUGAAAUUGAAGAAGUUUAUGAAGUUGUGGAAACUUAUCAAGCCUCCGAAACUACAUUUGAAAGAAUAGAAGAUGAGGAAACGAAUGAAGAUUGCCCUUGUCAAAAAUUUCAUGUAGCACCAGGUUCGGCAACUUGCACUAAUUGCGAUAGGUUGGUUCCUCCUUUGGCAGAAUUAUAUAGACAACGUUUACAGCAUAUUGAGGAUUUGGAGGUCGCCAAUACCAAAAUCAAGGAAGAACAUGAAAAAUCCGAACAACAGAAAAACGAACUUGAAUCCUUAAAAAAGAAAAUAAUCGAAUUUGAAGAUAAAAUAGACUCAAGAACCGAUGAAUUAAAUGAGCUGCAGCAACUAUUAAAGGCAAAAACCGAUGAAUUAAAUGCAAGAACCAGCGAAAUAAAUGAUUUGAAGAAAGCAAUGACGGUACUGAAUGAGAAAUAUGUUGAUGAAAUCGACAAAGUCGCUGAAUUACAACACUCUAAAGAUAUGGUCGAAGGAGAGUUGGAAGAAUUAAGUCGUUCACUUUUUGAACAAGCGAACGGGAUGGUGGCCAAAGAAGCCAAACAGCGGCAUGAAUUAGAGGUUCAAAGAAAAUCAUUAGAAAAUCAACUUCAAGAAACCAAAGAAAGAUUAUUGGCUGAAAGUUCUCAAUUACAAGAAUUACGAGAACGAAUGCAACAAAUGGUACAACAACAACCAGAACCCGAUAGUAGGCGCUCUAGUAAUCAUAGUGAUCCUACAUUCAGAGCCUGCAGUGAUUUCGUUGAACUUUACCGUCUUUGGGAGAAAUCUCCCGAUGCAGCGGCAAUAUUACCACGGCCAACCGGAGAAGAUGGGAUUGGUAUAGAUGAAGAAUUGCUUUCCGAAUUUAGGGACUUUGUUAAUCAGAGCUCAUCUAUUCCAAUUAAAAAAAUCCAUAACUUACAAUUUAUGAAACAUUGUCUCGAGGAAGAUGUGGAACCUUGCAUGCGAUUUGGUAACAAUCCAAGAGUUCAAGCUCGUAAAAUUGUCGAUGCUAUCGCCGCCAAUACGUGCUGCAUUGAGGAGGCACCUUUUGGGGCUGAUAAAGAAUUAGAGUUAAAUCCUACUUCACCGAUCCGUAAUUCGGCGGCUAAACCAAUAUUUUGGGGAUUUCCUGCAAAUACCAAUGCAACACCACGUGCUGGCUGUCAAUGCUGUGGUCGACCUGGCUCACUACCAUUCCAAUUUCGUAUUACCACACUUGAUGAUUGGUCAUUAAUUGACCGAUAUUGUCGCGAUAGACUAGUUGCAGUAUGCGAGUUUUACGUCUUUAUCCGUAAUAUUCAUCAAGGCUUCUAUGGUAAUCGAAAAAUUGAAGAUUUAUACGCAGAAUGCUUGCGCCUGAGAUUGCAAAUGUUUUAUGCAAGGCUUGGAGCUUUACCUUCCAUUCUCAAUACUCUUGGAAUUAAAGGAACUGAGUUGGCAUCGGCACGAAAACCAUCAUUGCCAAUGUAUGAAUUUAGUGAAAAACAAAUUAAUCGAAUUGACGAUGGUGUAUACGAAGAAUCAAAUUAUCCAAAUCUAUCAAAUGGAAAUACACCAUCUACACCAUCAACACCCUCUUCACCUACUGAACCUGCAAUAUCUGUGUCUCAUCCUAGCGCACCAACACCUGUUGCUGGUAUUACAGGAUAG